AUGGACACAGCGCACGGCGAAGAAUGCUGGUUCCCCCCCAGCGCAGCAACAAGCCCUGGCGCGCUGCUGCAGAGACUCAUCGCUCCGCCCGUGGGCCGAGGAGGUCGGACCAGCCAGUUGCACUGGGCCGAAGCACUGCUGGACCAGACCGUGCAGCUUAACGCAACUACGACAACUGCUAGUGCUAAUCAAAGCGCUGCAGCCGUGGAGGGUGUGCACGCAAACCAAGCAGGAGACUUGGACACAUUUCUGGUUGCUUUGGCAACAAAUUGCGGAAUCGUGAUCAUGGCCAUUCUUGGUUUAAGUCUCUUGCGAUGCCUCCAGCCUGCUGUAUACCAGCGCGACCUCGAGUUGCAGCAUUUGCAUGUAGAGGCCGCGAAGUUGAAGCCUGACAGGGAUUUGCCUGGGCCGCCGGGCUGCUUGGCAUGGCUUUUCAAAAGCUUCAGCACAUCGCCCGAGGAAGCAGCAAGUGUUGCUGGGCUGGAUGUGGCAAUGCAUUGUGAGUUCUUGGCUGUUGCAAUGCGUUUAUGCUUGAGUAUCGGUCUACCGUGCAUUCUGAUUUUAUGUCCUCUUCACGCCAUUGUUGGUGGAGAUGUUGCCGGUCCUGACCGAUUGAGCCAAGUGGGCAUGGCCAAUGUGCAGCAUGGUUCGUGGCUGUGUUGGCUUCAUGCCAUCUUUGUGUGGUAUGUGGUCGUUGUUACACAUGCACAAGUGCACGUAGCACAGCGGAACUUCAUGCCGUUGCGCAUGAGAUGGUUGCACAAAUCACCAGUUCCCAGUGCAACUACAAUCCUUGUACAAGGUAUUCCCGAGCAUUUGCUGUCGGAAGCGGCACUUCGCAAGUUCUUUGACGAUGGUGUCUUUGGUUGCCAGGCCGUGAAGUGCAUAGACUUCGUGAAAGACACCAGGGAGCUUCUCUAUUGGCAGGAAGUAGCAGCAGGCGGCGCAGGCGGCCAGGGCCUGGGGGGCCAGGGAUCCCAGCGCUGGCGCACGGGUACCGGCCGAGUACUUGAGGGCCAGGAGCUCCAAGCUGCAGCUGCAAGCAUGGUCAGCAGGUACAGGAAGCAACUCUUGCGCUUGAACGACAAGAACUCUUCCAAUGCUUUCAUAACAUUCAACCAUCAACGUGAAGCUGUGGUUGCUCAGAAGUUACUGACUGAAGACGAUUACGAUGGCAUCCGGGCAGAGCCGGCUCCAGACCCCAGUCAGGUCUUGUGGGGAGAUUUAGCAACUGAGCCAGGGCAUCAGGCCGUCAAGGAACUGGUUGGCUACUUUCUCAUUUUCCUCGUUUUUUGGGGCUUCAUGCCGCUGGUCGUAUUGAUCCAGUCUGUUGCUAACCUGAAUGCCGUGGAGGAGCACGUACAUGUUUUCAAAGUAAUGGUGGAGCAGUUCCCGGCGUUGGCGACGCUGUGGAACGGCAUCAUGGCAUCUUUCGCGCUCUCGGUGGCCAUGAGCUUCCUCCCAUCCUGUCUGAUGCUGAUCUUCGUUUUCUUCUUCAUCUCCAAGACAGAGGCGGAACGACAGCAUCGGCUGCAGGUGUGGUACUUCUACUUCUUGUGUGUCUUCGUGUUGCUUGUCACGGCAAUUGGCUCCUCCAUUAUGGCAACCGGUCAGUAUCUUCUCCAACAUCCUUUCGAUGCGCCCGGCUUGUUGGCCAGGAAUAUGCCUCGAAGCACACACUUCUACCUUAACUUUAUUCCGAUGCAGAUGGCUGCUUAUGCGACAGCAGCGCUGAGGCUACCCCAGCUUCUGAAGUACAUGGCCUUCCGGAUUUUGCAGAGCAAAGAUGCGAAAGCGAGGAGCGAGCCCGAAGACCAGACGUACUUCGGGAUCGGCUCAAGGUCUGCACGUGCAUCCCUCCAGCUUGUCACGGUGCUCACGUUUUCCACGCUGUCUCCUUUGAUUUCAAUUCUUGGCUUUAUGAUGUUCGCUGUAUGUCGUGCAACACAUGGUUUUCUGCUGAGGGAGGCGGAGUCCGUGAAGCUGGAUCUGGGAGGAGUGUUCUGGGAAACAAGUCUGCGACAUGUCCUUCAGGGCCUGUUCAUUUUCGUUCUGUUGAUGACUGGAGUGCUUGCUGAGCGCUCUGGCAACUGGAUUCCAAGCGCCGUGUCGGCCAGCAGUUUGGUCUUCGUGCAGUGGUCGAAUGUCACCUUCCGGAGAAGAUACCGUUGGCGACACCUCCAGUUCGAAGAGAUAUUGAAGAUGCCGGAGACCCGCAACAAGCGCCCCUCUUCCGGUGAGAACUACAGACAGCCAGAACUUGGUAUGAUGUUUGUGACGUUCGCCCUUACAUUCCUGACGUUGAAGGACGAAGACCGGAGUUCGGGGUAUGUUUUGCUGAAUCUCUUCCAAGCUUUAUUCCUCACAGACAGCGACGGGGCAGAAAGCAUAUCCGGCAUCGAUAUCGGUCACCAACAGACUCUGGAUUUCGGAAUCGAGAUGUACACCGGUGACGGAAGCCACCUGUUGCUGAUUGUGACGACUGUGAUAAUGCUCUUCGCUACCUCCAUUUUUUCCUUGGUGCUGUUGAACUUGACCAUUGGUAUGUACACCAAGUUUUACGAGUUGCAGGAGCCUUUGGCGCGCUUAGGUCUUCAGCAGUGUCGUGCCAGGCUUUGUGUGCGCUUUGCAUUGAGACCAUCGGUGCCACGAACAUGGUUGGCUGGAAUGUCUCUCGAGGGAUCGAAGUGGAAGACUUGUCUCUGCGCACUGCCGUUCGUGGUGAUCUUUUUGGCAUCUGCCAUCUUCGAGUCGUGGAAUGUAUAUUCGGGCGGUCUCUGCCUGUGUGCCGUGCUCCUCAUUUUCCAGGCUGCGCUGCUGAUCAAUGUCGAUGAUCUCGACUCGCGGCACAGGUAUCUGUGGGUGAGCUAUCGUUCAGAUUACUCAGAAAACUUCUACAUGAAUCAAGAUGCAGAGAUUACACAGCUGAAGUCUGAGCUGCAAGAUGCGGAGCGCAGACAAUCUGAAGACAUUGCCAAGAUUGCAGGAGAUGUCCGAAGGUUGGAGCAGAGCGUGAAGGCCUGUUGCGACCUGCUUCGUGGGAAGCCCCAGGACACGCCGAGCUGCACACCGCAAUGA